AUGCUUUCAAAAUUAUAUAGAAAAUCAACAUCUCAAACGAUUUUUUUGUCAUUACCAUUAAAAUUAAAAAAAAAAUCAUUAUUUUAUAUUUUACCAAGACCUUCAAAUUGCACUCUUUAUCAUCAACAAAAUCAAAUGUAUUCAUCAUAUAAUAAAAAAAAAUUAUCGAUUUUGGAUCAAAAUAUUCAAAGAUUACAAGAAAAAAUAUCAACUUCUGAUAAACAAAAUAUUUCAAAGACGGAAUAUAUUCCGUUUUCAAAUAUUGAUGACUAUGAAAGUAUAUAUCGAUCAAUUACUUCUUCAAAUAAAAUUUCAUUAUUGGGAAAAAGAAAUAACGAUGAAGAAAAUGAAAUUUUAUCGGAAUCCAUAACAAAACCAGAGUCAUCAUCUUCAACAUUAAUAAUAACAAAAAGAAAUAAUCCAGAAGAUAUCAUCAAUCAAUCAUCCAUUGAUUUUGAUCAGAUUUUCAAUCUAAAAACAACUAUAAAGAAAAAAUCUUUAAAAGAAGAAGAUGAAAAUUAUUUAUUAAACCAAAAUAAGACAAUAAUAAAGAACAAUGAUGCAAUGUUCAAAAAUCUAUAUGAUCCAGAGAUUAUAAAAAGACUGGAAAAGAAAUCUGCACUGUCACCAGAUCUUAUAAUAUAUGAUCACCUUUUAAAUCAUUAUUCAAAUAUCGGAAAUCUAGAUCGAGCGAUUGAAAUUUUUGAUCAAAUUGAAAAAAAUGGAUUUGUGCCAACAUUAUACAGUUACGCGAAUUUAAUUAAAGCUUAUGCAUAUCAUAGAAGAAUCAAUGAUGUAUUUGAAGUUUUCAAUAAAUUAAAGAUGGGGAAUUUGAUACCAAAUCAGGAAAAAAACGCAGAAAAAGCCUUUGAUUUAUACAAAGAAAUGUUAGAACAAGGACUAAAACUUACUGGAAUUACAUAUAAUUCAUUAAUUGAUGCUUGUUCGAAACGAAAAGAUAUCUUUUUUUAUAAAGAAAAAAAUUAUAUACAAUUUGAAUACAAAAAGGCAUUUGAUUUAGUUCAAGAAAUGAAAGAACAUGGAUGCUCGCCUGAUCUGAUUACAUAUAAUUCUUUAAUGUAUGCAUGUGCUAUAAAUAAAGAUUUAAAAUUAGCUAGGAAUUUAUUUAUAUCAAUAAUUCAAAGCACCUGA